UCAUCAUCAUCAUCAUCAUCAUGAUGAUGGUAAAUCCUUAUUAGGAAAUCACCCCGACAUGAUGAUGAUGUUCAGCAAUGUUUUCAAUGCUAAAUCCAAUAUAUAAUGUUGAUGAUUAUUAUUAUGUUUACCCAUAUUGGCAAAAGAGAGAGAGCAUUGAUGACACCAUCGAUUGAUUAUUUAUUUGUAUUCAAACAUAUGAACAUACGGACAAACGAAUGAACAUUGUCUUUGUGUGUUUAUAUCAAAUGUUCUAGUUUGAUCUAGUAUAUAAUACAACAUUAUACUACCAAAUUGGAAUUAAAUCUUCAAAUUUUUUAUUUCUUUUCAAUCGUCUUCAUUGUUAUUAUUAUUAUUAUUAUUAUUGUUGAAGUAAUAUUUUAAAAAUUGUUGUAGUGAAUGGUCAAAAAUGGAAAUCGAUAUUGCAGAAUUUGAUUAUUCAAAUCAUGCCCAUCUUCGUGAUGCUAAUACUUUAGACAAUAUUAUUGAUGAUAAUGGCUAUAACUAUGACAUUGUUAUGGAUAUUGGCUGCGGUAGUGGCCGUGUAACAAGUUUAAUCGAUUGUCGACUUCGAUGUGAACAAAUUAUGGCCAUUGAUAUUGAUAUGAGAGCAAUUAAAUUUGCACAGAAAAAUUAUCCAUCACCACGUAUUCGUUAUCAGGUUUUAGAUAUAUCAUUACCAUGGGAUAAAUUGGAUCCAGUGAUUCGUAAAUAUGAAAAUCAAGUUGAUCUAAUCAUUUCGAAUCGUGUACUCCAUUGGAUUGAGGAUAAAAAUCUUGCUGUUCAAAAUAUUUACAGAUUAUUGAAACCAGGUGGCAUGUGUUAUUCAAAUGUAACCACAUUAUUAGAUUUAUUCACCGAUUUAACACAAGAUGAACGUGAUAAAUUCUCUGAAUUGAUCGUCAUUCCAAGUGAAAAUGAACAGAAAGAACAAUUGAGAACUUUAUUUGAGAAAAAUAAAUUCAAUAUUCAUUGGAUUGAAUUACUUCAUCUUCAGCAACUUUAUCCUAAAGAUGAAUUUCGAUCAAAUGUUCUGCCAUAUUUUCCUAAUUUGACGAAAAAAUAUUUGAUCGAAAAAGAUCCAAUCAAAAGAAACUCUAUAAUGGCUUCAGGAUUAAGUGAUUAUGUCAAGAAUGCUUUUCUACGACUUUAUUCGCGCGAAAUUAUCGAAGCAAAUGGAAUACCCGAUAAAUAUGAAUUAACAUAUGGACAGAUCAGAAUCAUCAUACAGAAAUAAUUAUUUGUUUUUGAUUGAUUGAAAUUUACUCAAAUGAUUUUUUUAUUCAUAAUCUGAAUCGAUGAAAUAUUA